UUCACUUUUUCUCUUAAGCGGAAUCUCUCCGUUUUCAAUUUCGAUUUCGCUCUCCAUUUCUCUUCGAUAUAUCCGCUUUGUAGGUAUUAAGAUGGAAAGUGAAGGAAAAGAAGCUUUGAGGAAACGCAUGAAACCAAACAUGGAAGAGAACGAAGAAGAUCAAACAAGCAAUGGAAUUGUUAUGGAAAUAACAGAGAAAGAACAAUCUGAGACAAACAUUGUUGGAUCUGAAGAAAUGGAACUCAAUGUCUCUCACAUUCUUGAAAAUAUCGAGCGCUUUACUCAACUGGUUUCGGAGCUAUUGGAAUCCGGCAAGACGAUGUUCAAGGAAUUGAGCAAUGAAUUUGAGGAGCGGCUGAUUAUGAUACAUAAGGAACAGAUGGAGAAAUGGCAGGAAGAGAUCAAGGAACUGAGGUUGAUAGAUGCGUCAAAUGAGAAGGCUAGUGCUCUGUUGAAUAAUGCUCGUUUUUUACUUCACAAUCCUCUUUUUGAUUCUUGAAAGGUAAAUUCUCAUAUGCUGUCCAAUUUCAAUUCCAAUUAGUAUUUGCUUUUGACAUGGAAGUUAAGCGAAUUGAGAUUUGUUAAUGCUAGUUGAUUUCAACAAUUUUGAACUGUUUUGAUUGGAAACAAGUUUGAAUUGAUAUAUGCAUCUGGUCAACAGAAUUAUAAUGUA